AGAGAUUAACGUAAGAGAUUAGCUACUCUGUCAAUAAACGGUAAAAUAAAAGAUGCCUGAAAAAGCUGAAAAGCCAGAAAAGGUUGAGGCCUCCCCUAUAAGCAAAUUUGAAUCCGAAGAGGUGAUCAAGGAGAAGGAAAAAGUGGACUUCACAAAGGGAGGGGUGGAGAACUUCAAGUUUUACCCCGAUAAUCCCGAGAAUCACCGUCAUAAAUAUCGUUGGGCCUUGAAGGAACCGUCGAAAUUCUACGACCCAUGCGAGGAAAGUAGACAGGCUUCCAUCAAUUGUAUGUUGCGUAACCAAGAGGAUAAGCUUGCAUGUCAGGACUUUUUCGCCGCCUACAGGGAAUGUAAAGCUGAUUUCUUCAGCAAAAGAAAAACCGACAAGAAGAGUGGAAUGGGAGGUUGGGGUAAGUGGUAGAUAUCUUGACAGAGAAAGACCAAUUGAUAGAUGGAUCGGGGAUGUAAAUAGCAAAUAAAUAUUAGAUGAACUGCAGUGCGGAGUCUAGUCUACAAAAGUAAUCUUUAAAGUAAGCAUAAAUAUUAAACCAAGUACUUACACAUUUAUUUGUCAAGGGUCUCUUCCUUUUUUCU